UCGAAUACCAAUAAUUCCAUGGAGUGGACCUCAUCCUCAUCGAAACUUCUCUUUUUUGAAGUCCUAUAUAUAACUUUGUCCCAAAUAUCAUCAAUUUCAUCUCGUAUCAUACAAUCACAAUCUAUCCGCACACUUCUUGUCUUUUUCUUCACAAAUUUUAACAACUUAACGGAAUUCAUGGCAUCAACUUCUUCUUCUGCAAGUAAUUCACAGCAGUGUCCUCUAUGGAAGUACGAUGUCUUCUUAAGUUUUAGAGGUGAAGAUACUCGUAACACAAUUACGGGUUACUUGUACGAACGUUUGACAAGGAGGGGAAUAAUCACCUUUCAAGAUAAUAAAAGGCUAGAGCAUGGCGAUUCGAUCCCAGACGAACUCUUGAAAGCUAUCAAGGACUCUCAAGUUGCUAUUGUCAUUUUCUCAGAGAAUUAUGCUACAUCGAGAUGGUGUUUGAAUGAACUAGUGAACAUCAUGGAAUGUACAAAGGACGAAAAUGGACAAACAGUCAUACCAGUUUUCUAUGGUGUGGAUGCAACAGAUGUUCGAAACCAAAGUAAAAGCUUCGCUGAAGCAUUUGCCAAACAUGAAUUAAUGAAUAAUGAUGAUGGUGAGGGGAUGCAGAAGGUGCAAAGAUGGAGGACUGCCCUAACUGCUGCCGCAAAUCUAAAAGGAUAUGUAUUCCCUAUCGGGGUCGAAUCAGACUGUGUCGAGCGUAUUGUUGAUGACAUUUCAUCCAAAUGCAAGACUUCAGGAUCUUAUUCGUACAAAGUUGUGGGAAUAGAUACUCAAUUAGAGAAAGUAGAAUCCCUAUUAGAGAUGGAAAUUGAUGAUGUUCGGAUUGUGUGGAUUUGGGGAAUGGGGGGAGUUGGUAAAACAACAAUGGUAAAUGCUAUUUAUAAUAAACUUUCGUCCAGCAAAUUUAAAGAUGCUUGUUUGCUUGAGGAUAUUAAAGAAAACAAACAUAGAAUGUACUCUUUGCAAAAUAUACUUCUCUCUAAACUGUUAGGGGAAAAAGAAAAUUGCGUGAAUAAUAAGGAGGAGGGGAGGAGCAUGAUGGCUCGUAGACUUCGGUUUAAGAAGGUUUUAAUUGUGCUUGAUGACAUAGAUCACAGAGACCAGUUGGAUUACCUAGCAGGGGAUCUUGGCUGGUUUGGUAAGGGAAGUAGGAUUAUUGCAACCACUAGAGACAAACGUUUGAUAGGGAAGAAUGUAGUGCAUGAAGUGGAAAAACUACUUGACCGUGAUGCUGUUAAACUGUUCAAUCAAUAUGCUUUCCUGGAAAAAGUUCCGGAUGAGUGUUUUAAAGAUCUAACGUUGGAUAUAGUAAGUCAUGCUAAAGGCCAUCCUUUAGCCCUUAAAGUGUGGGGUUGCUUAUUACAUGGAAAGGAUAUUAUUGUGUGGAGAAGUGCUCUAGAUAGAAUAAGGGAAAAGUCUGGUUCAGAAAUUAUUGAAAACCUCAGAAUAAGUUAUGACGGGUUAGAGCCUGAAGAGCAAGAGAUAUUUCUGGAUAUAGCAUGUUUCUUCCGAGGAAAAGAAAAAAAAGAAGUCAUGCCGAUCCUUGAGAGUUGUGGUUUUCCAGCUGAAUAUGGAUUGAGCGUACUAAUCGACAAAUCUCUUGUGUUCAUCUCUGACCAUAAUAAGAUUCAAAUGCAUGACUUAAUACAAGAUAUGGGUCAAUAUAUAGUGAAAAUGCAAAAGCAUCUGGGCGAACGUAGCAGACUAUGGAAUGCUGAAGAUGUCAAAGAAGUGAUGGUCGACAAUACGGGGACCAUGGCAGUCGAAGGAAUCUGGUUUACUUUUAUUCAAAGACUAUGCUUCAGCAGAGAGGCAAUGAAAAAUAUGAAAAGGCUAAGGAUAUUAUACAUAUGUAGCUUCAUCUCUCCAAUUGAUCGAGAAGAUGCUGUCUGCGACUCCAAUUGCACUGAUGGCUCCAUUGAAUACCUGCCCAACAACUUGCGUUGGUUUGUCUGGCAUGAAUAUCCUUGGAAGUCGUUGCCAGAAAAUUUUGAACCCCAAAGGCUUGUUCAUCUUGAUCUACAGUGGAGUUCAUUGUGUGAUUUAUGGACCAAAAGAAAGGAGAUUUUGCCGUCUCUACGAUGGCUACAUCUCAGCUACUCUGAAAAUCUGAUGCGAACACCAGAUUUCACGGGGAUGCCGAAAUUGGAGUAUUUGGAUCUGGGCAACUGCACGAGACUUGAAGAGGUUCACCCUUCCUUGGAAUGUUGUGGAAGACUCAUCCGGUUAAAUUUGUAUUGUUGUAAAAACCUUAUGAGCUUUCCAUGUGUUAACGUGGAAUCUCUUGAACAUCUGAAUCUAGAGGAUUGCUUUAGAUUAGAAAAAUUUCCAGGAAUCCUCGGAAGAAUGAAGCCUAAGUUAAAGAUUAAGAUGAGAGGCUCUGGUAUAAGGGAACUGCCAUCAUCUAUUAUUCAGCACCUUUUAUAUCUUCUUCCAGAGCUAGAUUUGAGAUUUAUGAAAAACCUUGUAGCUUUUCCAAGCAGAAUUGGCAUCUUGAAAGGUUUGGUGAAGCUAAACUUGUCCUACUGCUCAAAACUUAAAAGCUUGCCCGAAGAGAUCGGUGAUUUACAAAACUUGGAGGAGCUUGAUGCCAUCUAUACUCUAAUUUCACGACCUCCAUCUUCCAUCAUCCGCUUGAACAAGCUUAAAUUCUUGAGUUUUUCACAUCAAAGAUCAGGAUUAUACUUUGUGCUUCCUCCGGUGAAUGGAGGGUUACGCUCAUUGGAAUAUCUGAAUCUCAGUUGCUGCAAUAUAAUAGAUGGAGGACUUCCGGAAGACAUUGGAUGCUUAUCCUCUUUGAAAGAAUUGAAUCUCACUGGAAAUAAUUUUGAGUAUUUGCCUCGAAGCAUAGACCAACUUGGUGCUCUUCGAUCCUUGGAAUUAUUAGAUUGCAAGAGGCUUACACAGUUGCCAGAAUUUCCACAGCAAUUAGAUGAAAUAGAUGCAGAUUGGAGCAAUGAUUGGAUCUGUAAUUCGUUGUUUCAAAAUAUCUCAUCAUUGCAGCAUGACAUCUCUGCUUCAGAUUCAUUUUCACCAAGAGUGUUUACCAGCUGGGGGAUGCAUAUCCCAAGUUGGUUCCACAAGUGGAGAACUGCUACAAGCGUAUCAGUUAAUUUGUUUGAAAAUUGGUAUGUAGGUGCUAACUUCUUGGGAUUUUCUGUAUGUUACCAUGGCAAAUUAAUUGACACCACAGCUCACUUGAUUCCCUUAUGUGAUGAUGGGAUGUCGUCAAUGACCCAGAAACUUGUCUUUUCCAACCAUUCAGAAGAAUAUUCAUACUUCACCAAUCAUUUUUGCUUCGUACCUUUUGCUGGCUUAUGGGAUACAUCUAAGGCAAAUGGAAGAACACCAAAUGACUAUGGGCACAUUAUAGUAUAUUUUUCGGAAGAAUUGAAGGAGUUUGGACUUCGUUUGUUGUAUAAAGAUGAACCAACAGAACAUGAUGAUGAAGUCCGUUGCUCCUCUUUGAAGAAACAUUCUAAUAUUCGUGGGAGAGUGGGCAGUUUCUUCAGAAACUUUUCAGCUCAUUAAGUAUUUGUUCUCCGUUUAACUAUGUGCUGCAUUAGUUUACGCGAAGUAAAGUUUUGGUGGGUUUUUAGGCUCUGUGCAGCUGCUGAGGAGGUUACGCGGCAGUACUGAAGAUGUUGACAAAGUGAGCACUCUUGAUUUAAUUUGUACAACUAAACUUGCACGGCAUUGAUACUUACUAUUGUAAUAGCAAUCUUAUCCGAAAGAAACAACUCUCAUAUAUUCUCCCUCAGAAACUGAUGUUCGUCAUAUUACUUUUUUUUAAAUUUAAGUGACAGCUUGCGGAGUACACUGUGAUAUCUUGCAACUUGCAUCA